AUGGCACCACUUGGACUAAAAGCCAUUGUUGGAGAAAAGAUAAUGAACAAUGUCAUCAAGAAGGCAAGAGAAAAGGGAAAAUGGAAGGUACUAGUGGUGGACAAGCUGAGCAUGAGGAUGAUUUCGUCUUGCUGUAAGAUGACAGAUAUCAUGUCAGAGGGAAUCACUAUUGUAGAAGACAUAACCAAGCGUCGUGAGCCUCUUCCCAGCAUGGAGGCUAUCUACCUGAUCACACCCUCAGAUGAGUCUGUUGAGGGUCUGAUUGAUGACUUCAGAGACCCGCAGUCUCCGAGGUACCGAGGAGCUCACGUCUUCUUCACGGACACAAUCCCAGACACGUUGUUUGGACUGUUGACCAAAUCCCGAGCCUCCAAAGCCAUGAAGGCCUUGACUGAGAUCCACAUCGCCUUUCUGCCCUAUGAAUCUCAGGUCUUCUCCCUGGAUAAAGUGGAUGCCUUUCAGGACUUCUACAGCCCCUUUAAGACUGACGUGAAGAACAACAUGCUGGAGCGUUGUGCUGAGCAGAUUGCCACCCUCUGUGCCACACUGAAAGAGUAUCCUGGAGUCCGAUACAGAGGGGAAUACAAAGACUGUGCAGUUCUGGCCCAGAUGCUACAGGAGAAGCUAGAUGGCUACAAGGCUGAUGACCCCAGCAUGGGAGAGGGUCCAGACAAGUCUCGUACUCAGCUGCUCAUUCUGGAUCGUGGCUUUGAUCCUGUGUCACCUCUCCUGCAUGAGCUCACGCUGCAGGCCAUGUCCUACGACCUACUGGGCACCGAGAAUGACAUCUAUAGGUUUGAGACCAGUGGGAUGGGAGAGACAAGAAUGAAAGAAGUAGUGCUGGAUGAGGAUGAUGACCUGUGGCUGACUCUGAGACACAAACACAUCGCAGAAGUGUCAACGGCUGUUACUCGUUCUCUGAAAGACUUCUCUGCCAGCAAAAAGAUGAACACUGGAGAAAAGACCACCAUGAAGGAACUGGCUCAGAUGCUGAAGAAGAUGCCUCAGUAUCAGAAAGAGCUCAGCAAGUAUUCAACCCAUCUCCACCUGGCUGAAGACUGUAUGAACCGCUACCAGGGCACUGUGGACAAACUCUGUCGUGUAGAGCAGGAUCUUGCAAUGGGCAUAGAUGCAGAGGGAGAGAAGAUCAAGGAUCCCAUGAGGCUCAUUGUACCCAUUCUACUGGAUACCAACAACAGUGUGUCUGACAAGAUUCGCAUUAUCCUGCUCUACAUCUUCCUUAAAAAUGGUGUGACUGAGGAGAACCUGUGUAAGCUCCUUCAGCAUGCCAACAUCCCACCAGAGGACAGUGACAUAAUUUCCAACAUGGCCCACAUGGGCCUUCCCAUUGUAUCUGAGGGCAUCACCAAAAAAGCCAAGAAGUCAGAUCGCAAAGAGCGAAUCAGUGAGCAGACCUACCAGCUCUCCAGGUGGACUCCGCUAAUGAAGGAUCUCAUUGAGGAUGCCAUUGAAGACAAACUUGACCCUAAGCAAUACCCGUAUAUUUCACAGCGACAAGCAUCUGCCAAAGCCAGCGCUCCAUCAAGUGCUCGCUAUGGUAACUGGCACAAGAAUAGGGGCCCCACAGAGAUGAAGACAGGGCCCAGGAUCAUCGUUUUUAUUAUUGGAGGGAUGACGUACAGCGAGAUGCGCUGCGUCUAUGAGGUCACCCAGGCCAAUGGCAAGUGGGAGGCCCUGAUUGGUUCGACCCACAUUCUCACCCCCCCUAAAUACUUAAAGGAACUUCAACACCCAGACUUCAUGGACCCCAACACCCCUCCAGAGGGCGCAGAGGAGCCACCUGCAGAAUGA